ACCUACUUUACUAUACACCAGAGCUCGACCGCGCGAGCCCACAACGGCACAACCGCGACGCCACAGCCACCACCAGCCGCAGUCAUCGAGCGAACGAGCUACUCCUCCAUGGCCUCACCAAUCCGACCGCCGCCGCCGCCGCCGCCGGUCGAGCCCCUCGUGCCUUCUUCUCCCCCCUCACAACAUCCGGCUGUCGAUCCAUCUCCCCAUGGAUCCAUCUCGCCGGAGAACCCAACACCCGCUCCUCCUCCUCCACCACCACCACCUGGUCCUACUGCUAUUUCGCCGCCGAAUCGUUCCGGUGAUUCCUCUCCAUCCUCACCUCCGCAUCCCCCGACGCCACUGCCUCCGCCCAGCGCCGAUCCUUCUACCCCCCUCCCGCGUGAGGACCAAACAUCGCCGCCGCGCUCACCGCCCCAUCCCACCCCCGCUCCAAUAGCACCACCUCCUCCUGCGCCGGUGUCCUCGGAAGCCAGGUCGGAGCACAAGGAGACGGAGUCGGCUAGCGAAUCGGGGAGCAUGACACUAGCCCUCGCGCUAACCCAAACCGAAGAGUCGACGCCGCCGACGCCGCCAAAGGCAUCCUCAGCGGCGGCGUCCCCAACCGGAUCGCCGCAGAAGGAAUCGGCCCUGACCAUCGCAAAGCUCCUCUCCGGUGAAGACCCCACGGCGGCGGAGGCGAAGCCGGCAGCGGACAAGGUUGCCCCUCGGAGCGACACUGGGUCACUCGCUGCCGUUACCGCCGCCACUUCCGGGGGCGGAGGCGGAGGUGGCGCGAGGUCCAAGAGGUGGCUCCUAGGCGACGGGGUCCCGGAGAAGGUGCGGCGCGCGGAGCUGAGGAGAGCCGAGCUAGGGUUUAGGGUUUCGGCCGCCGUGUUCUGCCUGGUCUCGCUCUCCGUCAUGGCUACCGAUACCACGACGGGCUGGUCUGGUGACUCCUUCCGCCGCUACAACGAGUACAGGUACGUUCUUGCUGCGAGCGUCGUGGCCUUUACCUAUUCCGGGCUCCAGUUGGUAGCCGAGGUGCAUUAUCUUGUCACAGGAAGGCGCAUCAUUCGAGCCCCAUUGCGCAGCUACAUCAAUCUCGCCAUGGAUCAGAUGUUGGCUUACCUUCUUCUGUCAGCAUCCUCAGCAGCACUUUCUCGUAAUGAUGUCUGGGUAUCACGGUUUGGAGGGGACCAAUUCACCAAACUGAUCAAUGCUUCAGCCUCCAUGGCGUUCCUAGCUUUCAUUGCUCUUGGUCUUAGCUCAAUCGUCUCUGCGUACUGUGUCUUUAGCGCAAUUUCUUAAAACUACGGAUGCACAGUAUUUGGUGUGAAUACUUUGUGCUAGAUGUAUCUCGCUCAUGGUUUAAGGCUUGUGUCAUCGUUAAUCUCUACAAUUUCUGGUCCUUAGUUGUGUUGCAACAAAACUGAACAAAUGACUGGCUUUUCAAUUAACUGGAUUACAGGCUGAUCUUUUUAUGGUUCUGUAAUAUUAAUGUUCUAUAUCAAAUGAGAAGGGACCUCACUCCAAUUGGUGUAAGGAAUUGCUGGCUGAUAA